UCUUUUCCCAUCUCAUAUUCUCUUCUGGCUUUUGUUGCAAUGGCAUCAAACACACUCUCCUCUCCCAACUCAAGGUGGACAACCAAGCAGAACAAACUGUUUGAAAAUGCCUUGGCGAUAUACGAUGAAGAAACCACAGAUCGUUGGUACAAGAUAGCCAUGUUUGUUGGAGGAACAAAUGAAGUGGAAGUCAAGAGACGAUAUGAGAUGCUACUAGAGGACAUCAAAGACAUUGAGUCAGGCAAGGUUCCACUCCCUGCUUACAAGAGGAAUGCUGGAUGUAGCAGAGUAAACAUCAGCAAUGCAGAGCAGAGGCUGAGGAAUUUGAAACUGAAUUGAAGAAUGGCCUUAUAAGUGAAGAGUUGCACAAUGUCUCAAGAAGUCGGUCCUAAAAUUAUGAGCUUUGGCCAUAAGUAACUUUGUAUUUUUCUUCCUCAAUCCUCUUUUUUGUUUUUCCUCGCUAUCCGGUGUAUGUAAUAACUUUAUUCCAUGCUUAAACUUCAUGAUGGCAUCUCUAUCUUUGAAGGAAUGAGUGAUCAAAAUGAAUUU